AAAUCUACCAAAUUCCGACGGGAAUGAAAUUGGGUGCCCUUGCUUUCCGUGGCCACAAAGACUUCUAACUUUUCUUUUCUCUCUCUCUCUCUUCUUGUUUUCUAUUAAAUCCCUUUUUCUUUAUCAAAUUCGAUUCUAAUAAAUUUCCCCAAUAUGGAAUUAUUUAUUUAAUCUUGAUUUUGGCGAUCUCAAGGGAUCACCGCCGUUGAUUUCACUAUAAAUUUGACCCCAGCCGACCCAAAUUUUUAUCAUACAUUAGGGUUACAGAAAAGGGUAAAAAAAUUUAUAUCAGGAGUAAUUUUCUCUGUCUGUCGUCAAUUGUUUCGCAUUUUCCUGCACUGAUUUCCCCCAAGAGCUGUGCUCCCAGACAAUCUGGCUUACAAGAGGCACCUGUCUCUUACAUGCGGUAUCGGAUUUGGGCUUGUGCAGUUGCAAUAUUUUUUAAUUCAGUCUGGCAGCUACAAAAACAUCUAAGGUUGCUCACACCUCUGAGCAGGUGUGGGGUGAUAACGAGAGUGUGAUCUUUUUAUGUGUUUUGAGGAGAUCAAGAUCAUCGUACAUUUGGAGAUUGUGUCGUAUUUCAGAGGGUUUAUCGCUUGACUAUGGCUAAGGUUUGCCUCAGUUGAGACCGAGAAAGUGCUGCCGCAGCAUGUGAUUUCUUUUCCAUAAUUAUUCAGUCUUUGCUUUUAGGAGAUUAGGAGUACUUGAUUGCCAAUUACCUUGAAUAUUGCAAUAAGGCAAGAACUGAUGCAAACCAGUUGUCAAUUGGUUAAGGAUGGUUAGGUUUUCAUGCUUUCAAGCUCACAUCCAUUCCCACAAACACAAGAAAACUGCUCAGUUACCGCGUGAGGCAAUGCAGAAGAUAGCGGAAGAUGCACCUGAAAGUCGGGCUCUGAGGAGUAUUUCCUAUGUGGCAACAGAAAACAACCCAUGCUUGAAAGAAGAUGGAGAUAUUCGCAAUAAUGUUGCUGAUCAUGUGACUGAUUCCUCUCCUACCGAGUGUGAAUACAGAUCUGAGGAAAUGGAGGGCAAAACCAUUAAUGAUUCUGAUAUUGUGGUUCAUAAGAAAGCACAAAUUAAAAAGAGCCAAUCUUUGGGAUGCGGAUUGAAUUGGGAAGAGAGGACAUCUGGUGCUGAUGUCUCAGAGGAUGAGAUAGAGCACAGAUAUUCUUAUGAAAGAUCUGCUGAUCGCAGUGGGUUACUUGUUCCUGAUAGUGUUGAUAAUCAUGGACUCAGCCCGUCAGAUCAAUUUCCAGAACCAAUUCCUUCUGAUUCUGUUCAAGUCGAUUCGGAUUUUGUGAAAAAUAUUUCCAUGUUUUCAAUUGGGGAUCCACAAGAAACUGAAAGGGAUGGUGCUGAUAAAGAUGAUAUAUAUGUAUCUGGUGCAGUUGAUUCUGGUGAGCUUACGCCUUAUAUUCGGCCUCUUAUUGUAAAAUCAAGGUCUUUACCCAGGAUGGGUUCUCCCACCCAGUGCUCUACAUCCUUUUUAACGUGCUCAAGAUCUGCCCCGGAUCUAAAUGCUUUAGAUUCCACGAAGAAUGGCUUGACGCAUGAAGUAGGAAGACAAGUAGAAUAUCAAGAGAGAGAAGACUCAAUGUUUAACAAUGAUAGCGGUGAAAAACCUGCUGAGGACAAUUAUGAGACUUACAACUAUGUUGGUUCUGCAAAAGACUGGAUACUACCUGUGCUGGAUGAGGCAAACACUGACAAAGGUGUAAAAGGAGAAUCUUCUUUCCACCACUGGGAUGAAUUACCAAAUAAGGAUUUUAAGUUAAAACGAAUUCAGGAAUGGGUUAUCGACCUUCAGCACUGUGGCUCAGUGGAAGAAUCUAAUGAAUCUGCUCCAUGCUUUGAUACCGAGUUACCAGAAGGGAAUACUUUAUUGAAAGGACCGACCAAUACAAAAUUGGAAGUCAAGGUCAACCCGGGAAUGGAAGCAGCAAAAAGAUACAUUGCUUCUCUGAAUACCUCGGCUACAGCAGCUCAGUUGACUAACCUUGGAUUAGUUGUGAUCCCCUUUCUCAGUGCAUUUGGUAGCCUGAAAUCGCUUAAUUUAUCCGGAAAUUCCAUAGUGAGGAUUGCUGCUGGUGCUCUCCCUCGAGGACUCCAUGUUUUGAAUCUCUCGAAAAAUAAUAUUUCCACCAUCGAAGGAUUACGGGAUCUAACACGACUUCGUGUGCUUGACCUCAGCUAUAACCGGAUAUUAAGAAUUGGGCAUGGCCUUGCAGCAUGUUCAUCUCUCAAGGAGUUGUACUUAGCCGGUAACAAAAUCAGCGAGGUUGAAGGUCUCCACCGCCUCCUAAAACUGAACGUCCUGGAUCUCCGUUUCAACAAAAUCUCUACAGCCAAAUGUCUUGGUCAACUUGCGGCUAAUUACAACUGUCUCCACGCCCUCAGCUUGGAAGGGAACCCAGCCCAGAAAAAUGUAGGCGACGAACAACUAAAGAAAUAUGUACAAAGUCUUCUUCCCCACCUCACCUACUAUAACAGACAAUCCAUUAAAGUCGGAACUUUGAAGGACGCAUCAGACCGAUCAGCUCGUUUAGGCGUCGGUGCACAUCAAAUUGACCGUGCCGUCCGGAUGGAAGUGAAGAACAUGAGGAAAGGAACCCAUGGGAUUGUCGCUCAGAAGGUAUCAUCGUCUAAUCACAGCCGCAAAGGUCAGUCCUCGCCGAAACCAAGCAGGAGCAGGCACGGGCGUUUGCCCCCAAGUGGAAUGAAGACGGCGCAGGGCCAUCAGUUUGCCGACUUUAGCAGCAAGCUUCUUGGCUUGAGGAGUUUUCCCCGAAGCCGAAGUGAGGGAAAUCUUGGAGCUCUGUAGAAUCAGACUUUGUGUUUCCUAUCUUAAUAAUGUUAUCUUCCAGAUGCAGUGUGUGAUCUCUUCGUUCUUGAUUUUGUCUUGAACUAUGUUGGAGACUUUUUCAUUUGGUGUUUGUGUAAUUUUCCUUGCUUUGGCGAAUGAAACAUUGUCUGUUUUCACAUCCCGUUUCCGUCUUUAGGUUUGGGUGCAGACAAGGAGUCAACACAGCACUUUGUCCUUGUGCAAUGUUAUAGUCACCAUUAGGAAAUGUUGGUCUGGUGAACAUUGAGAAGCUUGAAAAAUGAGAACUUGUGGUUUUCACGAGUAGUAGAUAUGAGUUA